UCAGAGGAGGGUGACGAUGGGGAAAUGGGGCCAGAGGAAGAUGACGAUGGGGAAACGGGGCCGGAGGAGGGCGGCGAUGGGGAACCAGGACCAUGCGAGGGCAGCGAUGGGGAACCGGGUCCAGCCCAGCCCCAGUGGACGGGGAGGGCUGGAAGGGCCAGGCCGGGCAGGAGGUCGAGGCGGGCGAUUUCCAGCCCAGGGCCUCGUCAGGGAGGCAGGAGCCAAGCGGCGCUUCCUGGCGCGGUGCCCGCUCCGGGGCCGGCUCCCAGCAGGAAACGUGGCAGGGGACACGGGGCUGCGCAGGGCUGGGUGGCUCUGCCAUGGGUGCUGCUCUGCGGGGGGGUCCCCAGGGGCGUGCAGCGGGCCCUCCAAAGCAUUAAUUACGAGGGGUUUGUGCCUCCGCGAUGCAGAUAGCGAGGCCGAGCUGGUCACGACAGCAACACCUCGGCUCCGGGGCUCUGCAGCGCGACCGUCCCCGGGGCACAGCCCGGCGCGGCAAUCUCGCUCGCACCUCCCGUCGCUGCAGGUGGGGCCCACGGUGCCGGGCCGGGCGAGCUCGCGAUAAUCCCCUGCCAGCAGCUGCCGGGCUCGGGACACGCUCGCGUUACCGCCCUGGCACUGGGCGCCCAGCCUGACCUUCCCGGCAGCCGCCCCGCCGCCGUCAUCACGAGCCUCCGGGUCGUUUUCCAGGCUCGUGACCGGCGCCAGGGCGAGGCCGGAGCAGCAGCCGCUGCCCGUCACGGCACGGGGCUGCAACGCGGGGGCUCGGGGCACCGCAGCCCCCGGGAUCCCUAAACACCGUCUCAGCCGCGGCGCUUGCGUAGGGGCUUCUAAAACCCCGGGCGCGGGCUGCACCGCCGGCGGCCGCCCCAGGCGGGACCCCCGGGCGCCUCCGCCCCGGCCGCCUCCGGCUCCCGGCUCUUCCCGGCCGCCGUUCCCGGUUCCCGGCAGGCAGCCAGAAAGCCCCCCCUGUUCCCGGCCCCGGCGGCGAGGGGACACUGCCAUCUACCGAAAGGCGCCGGGCUGCUCCGGGCACCGCUGACGCCGCGGGUCCCCGCGCCCGGGAUGCUCCGCGCGGCGGCAGGCCCGGGUGCCGCGGGAAUAUCUGGGAAUAUCUGGCUUUUCCCGCACGGCCGAUGCUCCAGUCCUGCUCGCAGGCCCCGUUUCAUGGGAUGCCCCGGCACCGCGGGGGCUGCGGCAGCACUGGGGGCUGCGGGCGUUGGGGCCCUGGCGCCCGCCGCGGCCCGUCCCAGGGCACCUUUGCCCAAUUUACCCGAUAUGCCGGAUUUCCCGGACAUUUAUCCCCCCCGGCCUUUGGGGGGAAGGAUGGGGGAUGCGGGCGGACACGGGGAGAAAGGCAGCGACAUGUAGCGUCACCGGCCCCACCGUCGGCAGGGCACCAGCCCGGCUCCUGCCCCGGGGAAAUGCCCCAAACCGGGGGGCCCUGGCGUCCCCCAGAGCCCGACCCGGGGCGCACGGGGCCGCCGCAACCGCGGUGAGGGGCCUGCGCUGCCCACGCGCCCCGGCUCUGCAGGACGCCAGGGCCCCCCCCCCCCAGUUGGGCCCAGCUGGCCCCGCUCGUUAGCCGCCAGCCCCGCUCGUUAGGCUCGUUAGCCGCCGGCCCAGCUGCCCCCACUUGCCCUAACGGCCACAAAAGGGGCGUCUGGGGGCCGGUUCCCCAGCUGGGCUGCUGCCGCGGGGGCUGUCGGUGCCCCCCGUGCCGGCAUGGCGGGCGGCCGCCCCGGCACCCUGCAGCCCACGCCGGCGCCCGAGGUGCUGGGCGAGGUGCUGAGCGCCCGCCUGGGCCCGCUGCCCCGCGCCGCCGCCAUCGCCCGCCUGCGGAAGCAGCCGUCGGGGCGCUACGAGGCGCCCGGGGACCCGGCGGAGGUGCUGGAGCGGCGGCGGGCCGCCAACGCCAAGGAGCGCCAGCGGAUCAAAAACCUGAACAGCGGCUUCUCGCGGCUCAAGGCGCUGGUGCCGCUGAUCCCCCGCGACCGCAAGCCCAGCAAGGUGGACACGCUGAAGGCGGCCGCCGAGUACAUCCGCCUGCUGCGCUGCGUCCUGGAGGAGACGGGCGGCCUCGAGAGCCUGGAGGACGCUGCUGAGCGGGACCCUGCCGUGCCCUGGCCCGCGGCUGCCGGCGGCAGCACCCAGGGGCCCGGGCAGCAGGGCUGGCCGUGGGGCACCGCCGCGCCGGGGCGGCCGCCGGAGAGCGGGAGGCUGGUGUUUCAAGCGAAUCCCUGAAGAGGCAGGAUGCCCUGCGCGGCCGGGAGCGGGGCUGCAGCGGGGCCCGGGCCGAGUGCGGGCGCUGAUUUUCCCGCGGCUCCCGGCGAAGCCGAGCGGAUGAAUCCCGGCUGCGUGCGCCCGCGGGCUCGUGCCCGGUCUCGAGGCGAGGUGCACGCAGGAUCCGUCCCACCCGGCCGCGGGACGCCGGCUCUGUAAUUGCUCUGUCCAAAUGUAAUUAGUACUGGGGGGAUUCUGCCAGGUAGCCAGGCUUGUUUAAGACUGCUCCCGUUAAUGAUCCCGUAAUGCCCCCCGCUCCGGGACGGCGGGAGCUCACGCUCGCGCCCGCCUCCCUCCCCGAGUGCUGCUGCGGGGAGACGGAGCUGCUGCUCCCCAAGAAUAAACUGCCCCCGGUUCAAGGAAA